ACCGCCAGCACCACCAACAGUCCGUACCGGUUUGUUCGCACGAGUCGUUCAUUGCCGCGCGAUCCAGUGUUAUGUGAGCUGUGCUAAUACGAGACUGUUAACUAAGUAUUUAACCACAUUUAUUUUUCGUGCUUAACGCAACUUUGAGUUUUGUGUUUGUAGUGCCGCUGUCCAAGUUCAUACAACACACAAGCGCGUUUUUUCGUCAUUGCAUAUGUUAUUUUUCGAUUGUAUCGCGAGAAAUGUUGCUGCCGCCGUGUAAGAUGCGUAUCGUGACCGUAAUGGCGUUGUGGUGUGCCGUAUUGUCGGCGUUGGUGUCCGUUACAGCAGCUUUCGACGGUUGUCCGUCCGUGUGCUCGUGCAAGUGGAAAGGUGGACGCCGGACCGCUGAAUGCGCCGAUCGGGCUCUGAUAACCGUACCCACCGGGGUCGACCCCGAUACCCUGGUGCUCGACCUCUCUGGUAACAACCUGCAGAUACUUCCUAACGAGACAUUCGCCCGAGCGGGUCUGCAAAACUUGCAGAGAGUGUAUUUACGCAACUGCCGCAUAGGGCAAAUCGACGAAUCGGCGUUUUUCGGGCUUACCAACUUGAUUGAAUUGGACUUGUCCAACAAUCUGCUUACACAAGUGCCGUCUUUCGUAUUCCGCGACAUCCCUCACUUGCGCAACCUGUCGGUCGCAUGGAAUCCCAUUCAGAAAAUCGAAAAUCACGCCUUCUCUGACGUUAUUGAAAUCAUCAAAGUAGACGCGUCACAUUGCGGUUUGCAGUCUAUAAGUUCCCGUGCUUUCGACGGAAUCGCUCGUCUAGAAACCUUGAAGAUAAACGACAAUAAGCUCUCCGAGUUGCCGGCAGCCGUCCUCGAGACGCUCAAUAAACUCCGGAGCAUAGAACUUCACGAUAACCCGUGGGUGUGCGACUGUUACUUGAGACCCAUGAAGUUGUGGCUCUCUACAAACACGGUGCCGUACGGUCAGCCACCCGUGUGCAUUGGUGGACCCGAAAGAUUGUCCGGCAAGCCCAUGAUGGACCUCGACGUGGAGGACUUUGAUUGCCGACCGGACGUUCGCGUGGAAUCGCGGUACGUUGACGUGGCCGAAGGCGCUAAUGUCUCCGUACGGUGUCGCGUCGAGCCCGGGUCGAUGGCUCACAUCGCCUGGUAUUUCAACGGACGUCGUCUGCAGGCCGCUGGAGUUCCUAUAGGCUAUCCGUCGAUUCCCGUUAAUCCGCGAAUGAUUUUUGUCGAUACCACCGACGAGAUCGGCGGUCGUCGUAGCGAAAUGACUCUCGUGGACGUGCACAAAGAUGACGCCGGUCAAUAUUCGUGUUUGGCCGAAAACAGAGCUGGUAAUUCGGAGGCCAACUUUACUGUAUACGUAACUGAGCGACCGUCGGUGAUCAUGUCUACGUUUGGAACAGGACCUAUUAAUGGGAUUGCCGCUGCACUAGCCGCUCUUAUACUAUUCAUAUUGGUGCUUAUCGCUCUUACUGUAAUACGCAUCCGUCGGUCCGGUUACCCGUCUGAUACAAAACCUACAGCGACCGUCAAUAACCAUCAACAUAAACCGAGCAGUAUGAUCAGCGGCGGUAAGUCGAAUCCCGCACUGGACAUAUCUUCUGUUAUUGAGCAUAACUACGACCCCGAUCUGGAAACACGGCCGUCGGUCAUCACCCCCAAUGGGACUUACCACGUCACCGGACUAGACCUUAUACACGAUCACGACGCGUCCAGAUUAGAGAUGUGCGAUUCACCGCUAUCGGCUAAGCCACCAUCGUAUUACAGCGGCAGUAAUCGAACCAUGACGACGGGUACGCUGCGGCCUUACGAUGACCGGACGCCAAUAAUCGGCGGCGGCGGUGGUGGUUGCGGGGACGCUUACAGCGUAGGUACGGGAUCUGACGAAGUGUUCUCGUACAACAGCGGACAACAGCCCUAUCCUCUGAUGCAGUCGCCCGUGAUGUCCAACGUCAACAGCGAGUAUCCAGCCGACUAUGGAUUACCAAUCAUUCCACCAUUACCUCAACACCAUCAAAUGCACCCCGAAGAUGUACACAAUUAUCACCAAUCUCACCAACCUCAACAGCAACAACCGCCAGUGAAGACUCUACGAGUGUGGCAAAGAGGAGUGCCUGUGCUGCCGACAACGCCAUCCCUUCAACGGUUUACCAACAGGACAUCACCCACAACGCCCGGGACAGACGUGUAAAUGCAACGAUGCCGUACCAAAUGAUUUUUCUCUGAAUGGUUUUUAAUGACGGGGGCGGGACAGUCGAAUAUUUUUUUUUUACAUUUCACUUCUUUUAUACAUAUUUAUAUGAAUGGUGUAUUCUUCUGUAAUGCGCGUUUACUUUUUUUUUUGUUAAUUAAACAACGAACGUGUGUCGCCGCCCGCGUUUUCAUAGGUACCUUUUAUUAUAUACUUUUUUAUUUCGUUAAAAGUUUUACACGAGGGAGUCGAGCGACGCGGAUUUGUUUUCGCAAAGACUUUCUUGUUGUUUUUUUUUUUAAGGGAAGGUCAUUGGUCGUCCAAAGAACCGAAUUCAAUUUUGUAGGGUUUGUUUUUUCCCUAGCGGCCGUGAGAUCUCAUUCGUUACGGAGAUGCGCGUUAUGCCGAAUGUUCCUAUGUAUUUAGGUAUUACUUAUUGUACUAUACGGUUUUAUUGUAUAAAUAUUUUUUACUUCAAAACAUGGCUGUGAUGAUUUGUGUUUUUUUUUCGUUAGAAUAGAAAAAAAUUCGUAUAUUGUAAUAUAUGUUAUUAUUUUUAUUGUAUAGAAAGUGUAAAAAUAUAUGUGUAAUUAUAAAUAUCAUCACGAAAUACCAAAUCAAACUUUUUUUUGUAUGUUAAGAAAUGGAGUAAAGAAACAGUAUUUUGUUGUUGAUCGUCGAUUUAUGCUUUUAAAUGGCCUUGUAUUUUCAUAUUUGUAUCUCAUGUUCUACUAUUUUCUAUCAUUCUUAAUGUAUUUGUGCUAAAACAAUAUCACAGUGACUUUUUGUUGUCCGUAAUAAUAAGAUAUGGUAAUAUCAAAAAUAUAUAAAAUUUGUAUAGUAUUUAUUAAGCCGAUUAUUUAUACGCAAAAAUUACUUGUACAGAUAUUAAUUAAAAAACAAUAAUGAAAUUUCAA